GUGAAAUCAAACAACAAAAACAAACAAGAAACGUUGCGGAAUUCGGACUACAUUUUUUUUAUUAUAAUAAUUAAUAAUUAACAGUUAAUACCAAAUACAUGCACUAUGGGUUUCAGUGAUCGGAAUAUCGGAGUUUAAAUGUAGUCGAUACAGAAUACAGAGUAGAAGAAAUUGUGCUAUGUCUAUUAGUUACUGCUUCAUCUAUUUCGUGAUACGGCUGUCCGUAAUAAGUCUGUGACAGAACAAAUUUUAUAAAAAACAACCUUUUGAACCAAGCAAGUAAACGCAAAAGGCGAUUAACCCAUUCUCGACAGUCUCCUCAUUACUGUUGCUGACUCAAACGCCUUGAAACAAUCCAAAAUCAUCACUUAACCUUUGAUGUGAUACGGUUUACACGGGCAUUUGUAUUUAUGAGGACGUUUCAUUUUCCAACCAUGUCCAUAUCAUUGUGGUCAAUAUUGAAUAGAUUUAACACCGAUAAAGCUGCAUCAUACAGCCGCUUAUCUACCGGCACUGGACACUUUCGCAUCACUGUUUGGGACCCUGCGUUGAUUGUUGCUCAAAUAGCGUCUGUCCAAUGUCUUUACUACUUCACCAUGUGUGUUUGGAUCACUAUUAUCAGCUAUGUGGUUGGCACUUCAAGAUCGUUGGACAUCAUAUUUGAAUUCAAAGAGCUAAGCAAGGUCAACAGUGAAAAAUUUGUUAUCGCCGUGUUUGCAUUGAAUGCACUUAGUGGGGCUACAUUCAUUUGGCGCAUUGUUGAACGAUAUCGAUUGUGUUUAGAUUUUUCUUGUACAAUACACACCAUACACUUGGCAGCUUGUAUUUGGUAUAACAGAACGUUUCCUACUCCAUUUUGGUGGUUAUUAAAUGCUUCGUGUGCAGCAAUCACGUGUAUAUGCGCCGAAUUUCUAUGUAUGCGGACAGAGUUAAACACUAUACCUGUAAAUAGUGGACAAACGCCAAAAGUUGAUUUGUAAAAUAUGUAUACUGUAUAAAUAUUAAUUUGUAAAUGAACACUAAGAAUUAAUUUUUAAAGUGAUAAUAUGUAUUUGUUGCAGUCAGUCGUAGUUUAUUUUAUUUUUAUCCAUAAAUAUUAACAAAACUUAGUUAAAAAUAUAAAAUUAUAAAACAUUUAUAUGUAUCUUUGAUAUUGGCUGUGAAAAUACAAUAUAUUAUAUUACUAAAUA